CUAGCAGGAGAAUUGGAUUCAACCUUUCUCUACUGCGACAGAGUUCGUACAACGUACGACUUGCAAAUAAAAUACGAAAGCUUGCUAUUGAGUUGCAGACUUACGAUGAUACUUGGUAUUUCAGCAACAAGCACCAAUUAUUUAGAACAUAGGGUUUCCUGCAAGAGCAGGAACGGAUCCGUGGACAUUGGCUUCGGCAACGAAUGACAUGAUGGCGAUCAUGGCAAGACGUCCGUUGUUCAAUUCGCGGUUUUGCUUUGUUUUCAAUGUUUCUGGGUCAACACCCGAGAAGUUGAUCGGAGGGAAGAUAACGGUAGGAAGAUCUCCUCCCUUGGUGUAGUGUGUAGGUUGGGAUUCGGAGAUGAUUUCGGCGAGGAAGAUCAGUCCAAUAAUUUGUUCCUUGCCUGAUUUGUUGAGUAUGUUUAAUGUUUGUACGUGUUCGCAUGAAURCAUAAUUUAAUACCACCGUAUGAACCAAACGACAGAAAACCCAAGUUUUUUCAUCACAUUCGAUCGGACAAAAAAAUGCAUCAGAAAAAUGCAUCCGAAAGGCAUCGCGCCUGGYAAUUACAACAUCACCAACUUUCAAACGACAAAACCACUCACCAGCUUCAGGAACGGCAUCCCAAGCAUCAAAAGGCUUCAUGCUGGAAAGGGAUUCGAAAGAAACAUCCUUGCUGAGCAUACCAGGGAAAUGGAAUCCGGCGGCUUGGACAAGGUAUCCCGUGGUAGCAAGCAUAGCAACACGACUGUGCUUCAAUUCGGCGGCACGGAACCAAGCGAGGGUUUCCUCACUUCCGAGAUCGGCGAGUCCCAAAGGAUCGAAGCCCUUGAAUGGGGCUGUGAAUCCGGCCAUCUCGUCCAACUUGGCAGCACUGAGCGCAGUGGUAGCGGCAUUCUGUGCGGAAGGGGCAAACGCCGAAGCGCUGGAGGCAAGUGCGAGGAGGAGGGCGGCGAUCUUCAUGGUGAAAUAUUACAGUUUGAAUUUAUUUGUCUUUCACGAGCAAAAGGGGAAUACCUUCUUAGUUAGUUCAUCUGCUCGAUAAGAUCGACGUUCUGCUACAUCUCGUACAUCGGUGUCUUUGCAUCACGGAGGAAACUUCAAAAGAUUUGAUUCAACAAAGUAGAUAACCURAA